AUGCCACAUGUUAUUCCGGGUAAGGCUGCUUUGCAAAGAAGCACCUUACCACGCCUCUCCACUAGACGACGGCCUGGAAAAAAGGAGUUGGAAAAUUUAAUAACCAGUUCACAGACACCACGCUCCAAAGCAUCAGGAGCUUUGGCAUUUGAUGGUCCAUCUAUCGGUUCGACAACUGGCAGCAGCAGUGGUAGCACAGCUUCAAUUACGAGUCCUGAAAUACCGCGCAUGAGUUCACGUGAAUCACCAAGUACUGCUGACACGACCGAGGCAACCGCUGAACAGUUGUUUUGUGGUACUCCACGUACUAAUGGCGCUACCGCAACUAUGAACACCGUGUCAAAUGAUGCACCAGCAAGCACAUCAGCUUCUGAAGUUUCUUCGUCCACGCCAGCGGUUGCAACAAGCCCACAGCAGCAAUCAUCAUCAUCAUCCACACCUCAUAAUCCGAUGACACCAGUGCCAUUUCGAUGCUUUCCGGGUGGCAAAGCGAAGCGUGUUCGAUUUUAUCGUAAUGGAGAUCAAUAUUUUAAGGGCAUGUGGUAUGCAAUAUCUGCAGAGCGAGUACGCUCAUUUCAAGCUUUGCUUGGUGAUUUAACAAGAACAAUGACUGAUGCUGUUAAUUUGCCACAUGGUGUACGUCAUAUUUUUUGUUUGGAUGGCAGCCAUAAAUUAUCGUCGCUGAGUGAAUUUGAAGAUGGUGAAGGUUAUGUUUGUUCAAGCUCAGAAGUUUACAAACGUGUGGAUUAUGAGAAUGCUCGUGAACCAACAUGGUGCAUAUCGCUUGCGGGUUCUUCACCGAUGCCAUUGCCGGAGCCAAAUGAUUUUGUUUAUCCACGAAUUAUCACAAUCAUUAGGAAUGGCGUAAAACCACGUCGUGUUGUGCGGCACCUCCUAAACAAGCGCACCGCUCGGUCAUUCCUACAGGUAAUCCAAGAUAUAACAGUUGUCGUGAAGCUGGACAGCGGUGCAGUUCGGAAACUCUACGCACUGAGCGGUAAAGAGCUAUACAAUCUAUCAUCGUUUGCUGCUGCUGCUGUUGGUCAGCUUUCUAGCGAUCCUGAAUUUUUCUGA